CGGCUCCAUAGCUGCAUUUCGAAUGUUUUCAUGUCAAAAACAUAGUUGCAAAUCUAUCCUCCUUUCUGCUGCUAAGACUGCUUGUCGGACACUAUUAGUGAAAACCGGGUUUUAUUAUGUAUUCUUUGUCAAGAUUCGCUCUCCGCAGAAAUCUUCUCCCAUGUAUUGAAGUGUUAAAACCCUUCAAUUCACUUUUGAGAUUUCAGAAAACCGAGGCAGUCUCUGAUCGCAGCGGUGAUCAGGAAUCCGCAACUCAAGGUAAACCCUUCCAAGACAUCCCUGGUCGCCCCAAAAACUUCAAAUCUUUCGUAGAAUUUUACUGGAAAUCUGAGCGAUUUACCAAAGGAUACAAAAUGCUGGACGAAUUGUUUCGGACAUAUGGCCCUAUUUUUAAGGAGUUCGCUUUCUUGGGGACGUACUCCGUGCAUCUCAUUGAUCCUGUUGAUCAAGAAAAAGCUCUACGUGCCGAAGGAAAAUAUCCCACCAGAGUAAUGAUUGACUUUUGGCUGGAGCAUCGACAACGCAGGAAUUAUUUCCCUGGCAUUGUGCUCUUACAAGGAGAAGAGUGGUACAGAGUACGACACAGUGUAGCUCCAAAAAUAAUGCGUCCAAAGAUUAUGGAGGAAAAUAUUGAUAACUUUACUGCUGUAACAAAAGAUGCAAUUGCAAGGCUUGCCAAACUAAAGGAGGAAUGUGGACCUGACAGACACAUUCCAGACUUGGAGGAGGAACUUAGUAAAUGGGCUACAGAGAGUGUGGGAACACUUGCAUUUGAUUCCCGCCUAGGGCUCUAUGAAGAUCCUCCUAAAGAAGAAGCGAUGCGAUUCAUCACAGAGGUUCAUAACUUCUUCUCAAUCAGUCAUAAGUUGUUUUUUAGUGUAUCAAGGCGACUUGGUAAGAACUUCAGCAUUGAUACACCAUUACUAAAGAAAUUCUUCAAGACUGCUGAUACCCUUAUAGAAAUUGGGGAAGGUUUUGUGGAUAAGAAGAUGAAUGAAUUGAAAGAAAUGUCAGAUAAAGGAAUUGAUAACACUCAAGCUGUUCCACUGUUAACCUACCUGCUCACAAAAAAGGAACUGACUCCUCAAGAGGUUGUAGGUGUUCUUCUUGAUGUGGUUGGUGCAGGAGUUGAUACAACAGCAAAUACUACUUUGUGGAUGUUGUAUAAUUUGGGAAGAAAUCCACAUGUACAAGACAAACUCUAUCAGGAAGUGGAAAGUGUUGUUGGAAAAGAUGCAGAUGUUACCUCUCAGAGUCUAGCAAAACUUUCAUAUUUGAAGGCCUGUCUUAAAGAAACAAUGAGAUUACACCCAGUUAUUUCUGCCAACAGUCGAAUAUUGGAUGAGGAUAUUGAGUUACGUGGCUAUCAUGUGCCAGCUGGAACUUUCAUAGUUUUAGAAAAUUACUGUACUGCUCGCUCAGAAGAGUACUUUGAGGAUCCUUUAGAGUACAAACCAGAGCGCUGGCUGCGAGAACAGAGGGAAGAGGCUCACGCUUUUGCAAGUAUUCCAUUUGGAUUUGGACCUCGUAUGUGCCUUGGUCGUCGUUUGGCGGAAUUGGAAAUUUACCUGUUUGUUUGCAAGCUACUGCAGCGGUUUCAAAUUGAAUACAAUCAAGGUCCGUUGGAAAUGUACCAGAAGAUUCUUAUGGUUCCUGAUAAGCCGGUUAAGAUCAAACUAAUCGACCGCCGUUGACUCAUUUAAACCUUCCAUAUUACACAGUCAUAGUCACUCAGCAUCCCCUCCCCCUCUAUAAAGAACCGUGCUAACACUGAGUGAUGUCUUAAUGAAAGGCCAUAUCACCCGUAUUGACACCAUUGAAUUAGUUUUAUUGAUACAAAUGAUGCCAAAAAGUCAUGAAAAGCUGAACUCGGGAAUUCAUUGGCUGGACAUAUGUAUCAUGAUCCUAUUUACUUAUACCUGUACUUACUUAAAAUACUUUCCCAUUCUAAGCUUUAUUCUGUUUCAGAAGAUAUAAUCUCAACCGAAUUUCAUAAUUCAAAGUCCUUUAUCCAGCAUCCUUACACAUUCAGAUCUCAUUAUUCAUUCAAGAGACUAUCAAGUCAGCUGAACGGAAGUUAUUCCUUAACACAACAAGUUGUUAUUGCAGUUAGGUAAAUGUGUCUGAUUCUGAGUUACGCUUUUCACUUUACACGUUUUUUAAUUUUUUAACGUUUUAAAUAAUUACAAAUAUUAUAUUAAUUCGACUGUUGUGCAAGUAGCAUUCACUGAUAUAGAUUAAUUAGUUUUUUCUGAAUCAUUGCUCGAUAUGGAGAUAAAUUUCAGUAUUUUAUUGCUAGUUUUUUUAAGGUUUACAAUAACUAAAACUAUUUUGCUUGCGCUUAGUUCUAAUUUUUUAGUCUGCGCGCAUAUAUGAUACAAUGGAUUCGAGUGAGGGCAAGAGCUAGCGUAACAGUCAUAUUGCAGCCGCUUAAGGCGAACCAGAAACCAUUAUAUCAUUUCAAAAUGCAACUGAAGGACAAUAUGAAACGGUUGCGUGCAUAUGUAUGUAAGUGUCAUUGGAGUUAUAAAAUUUUAAUCAUAUAAUUACAUUAAGUAUAUUUUACACUACAGAAGUCAAAAGAUAAGGGACGUUUUAGUCAGGUUGCUUCCCUUUAUAGCCCGCUUAUUACCUAACAUUUUUUAAUUAUUCUAUUUCUAUCCAUAAACAUAUCCAAUUUGUACAGUGGUUCUCGGUGUCAUUCAAUCGUAAAAUGAAUAUCGUCUAAGGAAUGGAUAUUGUGAAAUCAAUCUCCGAACUCGGUUUAUUUGGUCAGUGUUCCACUCGACAUUUUUUCGCGUGGUGGAGGGGACUGGGUCGACAAUGGCAGCGCAGUCUUGCAGGUACUUCUCUGUGCACGUGAUUUCUAAGAAGUUGCAAAUAUUCCGUAAAUUUUCUGUAGUGUACGUCAUCACAUCAAUGCUUGCUACGUCAAGUACGCGGCCUGGAAAGUUUUUCUUGACUUCAAGACUUCCUCGAGCGAGUUCACCGUAACUUUUUAUACUUCCAUCAAGUACAUUUGAGAGGUUCACCUAAAUGAAGGAUUAAGAAAAAGUUAGUUGAGGAAUCUUUUGGUGGUGAGGUAUUCCCAAUUGUUUAUGAAGCCUUGACUGCGUAGUUGGGUGAGAUAAACUUUUCCUUCAAAGUUUCAAAUAGGUCUGAAACCUAACAGACCAAUAGAUAUAAUGUAAACGUGGGGAUGAAUCUUAAUACUAUUCUUUAUUUAUUUAUUUGUUAACUUCGCCACACGACAACAAUCCAAAUAAAUAGAUGGAAAAAAAAUGACAAAAAACGACAGAAAAAUGUCAGGGGCAUUGCAACAGCGCAGCCAAUAACAGCGGGCCCAGCGUAUACUGCGUAUUCUGACCUUAAGGUUAACUUGUCCCUUUUUUCUCUCUUGUGCUCUUCGUAGAGUCAUAGUUGCGAUGUUAUCAAAUGGAUUUCUCACAACGUGAAUGAACUUUAGUUGUACACCGAGUUUUUUCUCGAGGUCUCUCAACGCCUUUAUUCCCUCGGGUCCUCGCGCAAUUUUGGAUGCUCGAGCAGCUUUCUUAUCACCAACAACCUGCAUAGAACAAAUAGAAAACUAGGAAGCAGCGUUCUCAUUUUAUCCAGUAAAAUGUUUACAGGUACAUCUCAUUUGUAUUAAGCGUUAUCGAAUUAGUAAGUAAUUAGUAGAUUCCGUUUGGAAAGGGAUAAGGCCCAUUUACAAAUUGGUAAGCGAAGCGCAUGAUCUGAAAUCUAGCGAAUUUUGCUCUGGCGAAUACAGGAACCGAAAAAAUGUAACGGUAACACACACCUGUAAGCUAUGUUUGUAUCUGCCUUGCCAUUGGUCCUUGAUGUUAUAGUGAUAUUGUUUUGGUCUGUCACCCACCAAUCGCGAGCGCACUCCAAACAUGACGUCAUAACGAGAUUUUGCAUAAAGUAGCUCGUACAUGUAAUAUUUUGAUCUCUGAGACAACAGAGGGUUUUUUAUCCAUUCGCCCAAGAUGUUGUAGUCGUUGGCAACGAUAAUGUUUGGAUGAGCAUCUAACAGAGAAGCUAACAGGGUGUGUCUACUUCUGUUGUAACCAAUAAAAAGUAAGAAAAUUUUGA